CGUAGCUUUAUUUGUUGUGUUAGCUUCUGCUUGACCGCCUAGUCUGUUAAACCUCAGUAACGUAAUAAUUUGUGUUUUUAUUUCGAUUUGUGGUUAUCAAUAAAACAACCUUACUAUUAUACACUUUACUCGCACCAUGCCGGUAAUGUGCUACGUUAAACCGGCGGCGUAGUCAUCUAAAUAAAUAAGCAAACUGGCAGAAUGAAAGUCUUUAUUCUCAAGAGACAGAGAAGCACCCAUGGGUCAUGUCUCUGAUCCUGUUUGCCUUCGUGGCGCGACUGAGGGACGGCCUCCCUCUCUCCGCCUCUACCGACUUCGAGCACAACCGGGAGCUGCAGGAGAGGAAGCGGCAGCUCCGGACCAUCAGCAAGACGCUGGCGCUCUUCCCGCACAGAACCGCGGUCAAGGGCCAAGAGCUCAAAUUCUACUUGGCGUCUUCCGAGGGCGUCGCCUACAUGACCGUUUGUCACCGCAGCGUUCCCGUCGCGAUGGCGUUCUGCUUCUUGGAAGACCUCCGCUGGGAAUUCGCGACCUGCUACGAUCACAGCGUUGUGGCACUGGCAGACAGACCAUAUCCAUUUUUAGAAUUUGACUGCGCCAUUCAGAAGCUAAAGCAGCAGUACAACCACCGGGGUGGGCCAGCUCUGCAGAUCACCUUGACGGAGGUCCACGAGGACCUGAGGCUCUGCCCGCCGCAGAUUCUCACCGUGGAGGAGGUCUCGCUCGCCAACGGCUCUGCGAACGGCCACGUGGCGCAGUUGGUCGCGUCCGGGCAGAUUGUAAAACUGGAACCAGUUACGGCGCCUGGCAUCCUUUCUCUGGUCCUCAACAUUAUGUGUGCAUCUUUGAACGUCACCCGCGGCGUACACCUCAUAGAGUACACAUUCCAGGAAGACUACAACAGCGUGUGGAACAUUGUGGCUUUCCUCGUGGCAUUCGUUUGCUGCCUGCUGCAGUGCCACCUGUACGUCUUCCACUCCCCCCGAAAAGCAGCCAAGGCCGCGGGCCUGCUGACAACCGUUGUCCUAUGCAACGUCUUCCUCCACGGGCUAAGGAACGCCUGGCAAAUCGCCUUCCACGUCGGUGUGGCCUCGCUGUCCACUGCGCUCAUCCUCCGACGUAAAGUCCUAGACAGGAGCAACGACUGCGGAGUCUGACGUGUCAAGUCAUUUUGUUUUCUAUUGCACUUUUUUGUACAUUUUAUACGGCGACUUUCUGUCUCGCGCUACACUUUGAAAGCCAAAAUGUUCCGCUCGAGACCCAGAUGAGUAAUUUUUUACCUAAACAUACUACUGUAAUUUGCGAUUUACAGAGCGUACCUGGUUAUAAGCAUCACCCAGUAUAUUUGUAAAGGAAAUACCAUUUGGUACAUACAUACGGCGCAGCUGUGUAAAAGCCGCAGGUGCCCACAUUGAAAGCCACAUUGAAACAUGAGAUAUUUACAAAGACCGUACACACAGAGUUUAACGCUAGCGCCAUGCUAAUGCUAACGCCAGCGCCACGCUAACGCAAGCGCCGCAUUAACGCAAGCGCCGCGCUCCCAGAGCCGGUUAAAAAAAAAACAAAAAAAAAAAACAUACCGGUAAAAAUCACUGAGACACAGGAGUAACACGCUAGCGCAGCGCUAACAGGGCCGGUGUGACGGUCUGAGGGCUCCCCCGUGCUGAAAAGUCUCCUUGUGAUUAAUGCGCAUGCGUUACAAAACAGGGGAACUCUGGGAACGUACGUGACGCUUAAUGGGAAAUCCCCUGGUCUCGUAGUUCCCCUUCUUCUACAUAGAGGGAGCUAACAUACGUUAUAACCUUACCCAAACAUAACCUUAAAACAAAAAUUGAUAAAAAGAUAUUCACAUAUAUGUACGUUCAAUGUGUUCGUCUAUCGCGAACAUGAACACUCGGCGAUGAGUCGUCGAAUGCCACAUGUUGAAGCAUGGGUGGGGAUGUUUAAGACUGGCCGGACAUUUACAAAAUAUACGCACAUGCAUACGUUCAGACAGUCACACCAGACCGGUAAAAGUCACUUCCUCGGCACAUAUAUUCCGCCGGUCUCACGCUUCCCUUUUCCGCUCGAGUGCCCCCUUGCGGCUGUGAGGAAAAAAAAAAUGCACAAAUUAGCCGCAUCAUCGCAUAAACCGCUGGGUUGAAAGCGUGUGAAAAAAGUCGUGGCAUGUAGGCCGGAAAUUACAGUAAUAUACAUAAUAUUUUGCCAUGACAGCAACAACUACUGUACAUAAAAAAAACACAAAGAACAUGAAUUUAAUCUGGUAAUUAUGAUGGAAAAAGCCGUUUGCGUAGAAGAAAUAUGCGCCGCGCAAGUCACUGAUCAACACAUAAUUCAGUGGAAAUGUCUUAUGAUCGUAAGCAUGGAAAAAAAUAUGAUGGAGCCAUGCCAGUAAUUGAAAUGAAAGAUUUGAUGAAUUGACAUUAAAAAAAAAAAAUACAUUGUUUCAAGCCAAAAUGGCCAAGUUUAAUUCCAGGCAUCGUGUCUAUGUUGGGGACCCCUAUGAUACAUAACAUUUUCACAAAGAUACACAAAAUAUUGUGUUUUCAGGCAUUGUGGGGCACCCAAAAAUGUCAUAUUGGUGUGAGGAAUACUAAUUUAAGGAUUAUGAAAGAUUUGAACGGUCGGAUCUGAACAUAUUGUUUUUAAGACCGUUGCUGCGUAUCAGGGCCCAGGUUGCAAUUAUUACGUUUGCUUUUUCAUUCCAUAUUUAUUUUCGGAGUUUAUAAUAUACACAUUCCAGGUCUAUAAUUUUAUUGGGAUAUUUGUUGAAAAAUAUUAAAUGAAGGCACAUUUAGGGUAAAAGUGUUGUAUUGAGUCUCCUUUUCACAGAACACUGGCAGCUAAUUUUGAUGAAACUGCAGUAUUUUUUUCAUACAAGGAAGACUAAUAUCUCUCUUCCACAGGGUUGACAAAAUAAAACAUAAUUUAUGAUGCCCUCAA